GCCGGUGUACUUGGGGUAUAUAACCAGGUGGGCAGCGCGGAGGGCAGCCAGUGGAACUCCGACUAGACCUGUCCCAGGACAGUGUGAGUCGCCGAGAUGCGUACCGCUCUCAUCCUCGCCCUUGUGGCAGCCUCCGCCUUAGCAGGUCCUACAGGCCAGCGGACCUCCUGCGCCCUCCACUGCACCGAUACCAACCUAUACUUAUAUCAACCAGGCAAAAGCUACAUAUACGACUACUCUGUGACCACGUCGACGGCGCUACUGGGCGCCCUGGAGGAUGACGCCCACCUCCACAUCACCGCCAGGGCCCACAUCGACGUCUCCGCCCCCUGCGAGUACACGCUCAGGGUGACAGAUGUUUCUCUGGGCGGGUCGUCCCACGAGGAGCAGUUUGUGGCCGCCAUCACCAAGUCUCCUCUGCGCUUCUCCUUCCAAGAUGGCCGCGUGGAGCGCCUCUGCAGCCAGGUGUCGGAGCCCGCCUGGGUCCUCAACUUCAAGCGGGGCGUUCUCUCCACCUUCCAGAACUCCUUCACCAAUAAAGGCACAGAGCAGGUGGAGGAGACCGAUAUUUCUGGAGUGUGUACGACUGCGUACAGAAGCGUAUCUGAGGGUGACGUAGUGAGCAUAGAGAAGACCAAGGACCUCACUUCUUGCACCGGAAGACCCAGUCUGUCGUCGUACAUAACUUCCAGUAGCUACAUCACCGACUCCCCCGUGCAGAGUCUGCCGGUCUUCAAGAGCACGAGCACCUGCAGACAGAGAAUAGAAGAAGGAGUGCUGAAGGUGGCGGAGUGUGAGGAGAGCCACAAGUUCCGUCCCUUCUCCAGCGAGGAGGGCGGCGCUGUCACCCUCGCCAAGACCACCAUGAUGCUGGUCUCCCAGGACACUCCAGCCCUCCCACUUGCUGAUUACCAGUUUACCAGCAAAUCUUUGGUGUUCGAUGAGAUUAUCAGCGGCGAUGCAGAGACUCAGGUUGACACUAUUGAGAAGAUUUUAAGGGAGCUCGACGAAAGCACACAAGACGAAGUGCUGCCCGAGGUGCCAGCUCUCUUCUCCACCCUUGUGGCCUCCCUCAAGAGCCUCGAGUACCCAGCCCUUAGCACCGUUUACACCAACACAAAGCAACCUAAUGCCCGCAAGUUCCUGGUUGACGCCAUGCCUCUGGUAGGGACAGCUGCCGCCGUCGGAGUGGUGAGGGACAUGUUCAUCAACGGUGACAUGACAGACGUUGACGCAGAUGUCUGGUUCACCUCACUUGCUUUCUUCAGGAACCCAACCUCUGAGAUGUUCACUGCGCUUGCUCCUCUUCUUCAGCAUAAUCCCAGCCAACAAGCGAUGCUGGGUUCCUCAGCUCUCGUGAACACUUACUGCAAGAUCCAGCCAGACUGUGGCAAUGACCGGGGUGUCCAGCAGGUUCUUCGACACAUAGAAAGUCACCUUGGCUCCGGUUGUCGCUCGGUUAAUGGAGAAGAGAAGAUGAAGAUCUUAGUAGCACUGAAGGCUCUGGGCAACGCCGGCCGUUGGGUCAAUGCUAGUCCUGUCCUGCGACAGUGUUACACUGAGGAGAAUGACAUGGAAGUCCGAGUAGCCGCGAUAGGAGCCUGGAGACACAGUCCUUGUGACUAUGACCGCUCCAACCUACUGGCCGCUUUCCAAGAUGAGGCUCAAGACACCGAAGUUCGAAUUGCUGCUUACCUUGCUGUCAUGACGUGUCCCACUCCUACUAUUAUCAACACCAUCAAGGACCGCCUUAUUUCAGAAGGUGUCAACCAAGUCGGGUCCUUUAUUUGGACUCAUAUGGUCAACUUGCAAGAGUCAGCCGGCCCCGACAAGGAGUGGGUCCGUGAGCUGAUCGGGGAGGAGCUCCUACAGAAGAAGUUCAGCACCGAAGCCCUCAAGUUCUCCCGGAAUUACGAGUCGUCCUUCUUCAUGAAUGAACUAAAUGUUGGCGCAGCUGUAGAAAGCAACGUUAUUUUCUCCAGCAAAUCCUACUUGCCACGCUCUGCCAUGCUUAACCUUACUCUUGACCUCUUCGGCGAAUCCAUCAAUCUUUUUGAGAUUGGUGGCCGGAUUGAAGGAUUUGAAGCAUAUGUAGAACGUUUCUUCGGAUCUUCUGGAUAUUUCCCUGAAGAGACCAUAGAGGGCAUAUUAAAAACCAUGCGUCAGAAAAAACCUGACGCCGAAACCACCACCUUAGAAGGAUUCCUUGACCAAGUAACCGAUGAGCCAGAAGGUUCGUAUUACCUCCGUGUCUUUGGCAACGAACUGCACUAUAAACGCUUCCAUGGUCUGGAAAGCCUUAUGAAGACAUCAGGAUUCUCCAACCCACUGGAGAUGUUGAUGGAGCUUGCUCGCACCGGUAAUGUUGAUUACACAAAGUCAUACCAACUCAUCAACACACACUACACAAUCCCCACCAUCUCAGGCUUGCCACUCACUCUCACCGCCAAGGGUACGGCUACACUUGCCUUGAGAAUGAAUGGCAAUUUUAAGGCUCAAAGUUUGCAGAAUAUUAACAUAGAGGGUCGCGUGCAGCCUUCUGCAGCAGUACAGAUGGAUGGUAUGAUGCUUGUUGAUGCCCACGUGACUCGCACGGGGCUCAAGAUCUCCUCCACCCUGCACACCUCCACCUUCCUCGAUGGUAAACUUCAGAUCGAUGGAGGCAAGCUGGUUGAUAUUGCUUUUAACACACCUAAAGAUAAAGUAGAAGUGAUUGAUGUUAGCACCAAAUUCUUCUACCUGGAAGACGAUAAAGAGAUCCGAAAGGAAGGAAAAGACGAAGUAAAGUAUGAAGGGUGUAGGAGGAUAAUUGGUGGACUUGAGAUGUGCGGCGAGUUGAGCUAUACCUCAACCUCUGACAGCAGUCCUUGCUUCCCGCUCACGGGACCCGCUGCCCUCCACCUCUACAUGAGGAAGACAGACACACAGACCGGCUACAACUUCCGCUUCACCAGUGGAAGUAAGGAGAUCACUUUCCUAUUUGACACCCCGGGGUCUCAAGCCAAUCACAAAGUAGCGCUUAAUAUUGCCAAAUCUGGUAAAAAUGUAAAUUUCGAUCUUGAGAUGCCUUUCAUGUCUCUUCAAGGCGCCGGGGAGUACGUGUGGAAAAGUAACAAGAAGCACAUUAAACUGGAGAUGACGCGUGAUAACUCUGACAAGUACUCACUGGAGACUGGUCUCCAAGUUACCGGGGAAGACGUAAAGAAGUUUGAGCCGUACUUAAUUAUCAUAUCUCCAAUAAGGGAAAUACUUAAUGCUAGAGGAACUCUGGAGUUGGACGUAGGUAACACCAAGUACGUGGCUGACGUGAGCGUGUCCGGCCUCCCAGUGUCUCCUCUCAGCCUCCACGGUUCGUAUACAGGCGUAGAGAACACUGCUAAUGUGGAGGUGGCGCUGAACACUCCCGCCAUCGACAUCAAGGCCAAGGGCCAGCUUGUCUCUGAAGGCAACUUGGUGUCCUCCAAGGCCGACGUUGAGUACAGUACGCUGCGCGGGGAUAAGCACACCAUCCACCAUUCUGCUCUCAUCAAGACUGAGACCUCACAAGACGUCAAUACAUACACACUUAAGUUUAAUCUGACUCCAAGUCAGUUCCCAGACAUGGCUUUAGACAUUGACAUCAGAUCUAUUAUUUCCACUGGUCGCCUGGAGAACAUUUGCACCAUAACCCGAGGACCCGUAACGUGGAAUUUUAAAGAAAUUUAUUCUUAUAACUCCGAUGAAAACAACUAUAAUUUCAAUGUUGAAAUUGAAGUUCUCUGCCCUUAUCAUAGCAUUGAUUAUCUGGCCCUACACGACCUUAAGAUGGGACGCAAUUAUCUGAACGCCAAGAGCCAGAUUAGGGUCAGCCCUGAGGACGAGGCUACCUUGACCCUUGACCUCAGCCACAGCAACAACAUUGAUAUUGAAGGACGUAUUAUGGCUCAGGUUCCAGGCGCGAAGGCUACAGCUGAAGUCCUUGUUAACGAGGUCGCUAACGGUCAUUAUAACGCUAAGGUGACUGGCAACAUCAACGACAUAGAGACGAACACCGUGAGCCUUGAGGGAAGUGUACGAGACAACUCUGUACCUGGCAAGUUCAAUGUUCUCAUGGACGGUUCCUUCAAGUGUCCGAGCCACACCUCCAAGCUCAGCUCGGGCAUAUUCGCCGACUCCGAGAAGGCCAACGUUGACUUGAACACUGAUAUUAACGGCAGGAAGUACACGAUGAAGAUUGAAAGCACGCGGACCUCCAUCCUCGUCGACGCCAACAUCGGCAGACACGUCCUCCUCGACGCUUACAUUACUUCAGCUGACGAGGGACACAAACUGCUUGUUAGUGCUGACUGGAACAAGGACGUUGAUCCAACACAGUCUUUGGUGAUUAGUGGACAGCUGUCUCCUACAGAAGUAAAAGCUGGCUUCAGGUUUGGGGAGCGGGAGGUGUCGGCCUCAUGCCGGCGGGUUGACGAGGGCCUAGAGCUGGAGGCGUCGUGGGCGCCGCGCCAGACCCUCCUGGCCUCUCUUCACUACUCCCUCGGCGACACCAUGUCUCUCGUUACUACUGUAAUCACGCCUUUCCACGGGUGGGAAAAGCAAGAUCUUAUGAUUAAUGUCACUCUCAAGGAUCACGAGAUCAACAGUCGUGUAUCUGCGACCUGGAAGAACGCUGAACAAGUGGUUCUUACGAUCAAUGGUAAAUUGCGGCCCGGAACGUUUACCAACGCUCUCAGUGCCAAGAUUCUAUUCAGCAGCAGCUUUGAGAGUUUCGAGAGGAUGUCCUUGACUGUGGACCACGCUAUGGAUGACGCCACCAUCAGUACCAACAUAGCAGGCCUGUGGAACAACAAGGAGAUGAAAGGCAGCUUCCAGCUGACUCCCGCUGACAGCGGCGUCGAUGCAAGAGCCGCUUUCAUGUCUCCCUUCACAGAAGAAGUUCUUGUUACUCUACACCAUGAACUACUUAACUCAGCUUUGUCUACCAAACUAGAGGCCAAAUACGGUGAAGAGACCUACGGCAUCACCCUCAAGGGUGAGGUCAACCUGGGUGAGGUUCAGACCAUUACUCUUGUCCUCAAGACGGUCACUUCUCUCUCCUCUGCUCCGCAGGUCAAUCUUAACGUCAAAUAUACUCUGAGUGAUAUCAAAAUGAAUCUGGUCAUCGAAGGUAAAGCAGGUGAGAAGAAAAUACUUCUUAAUAUGAAUGUUGAGAAGACAAAGAGAGAGAGUACGACAGCGAUCGCAGGAGACUUGAGAUUCAUCACACCAUUCACGUACCCAAUAACAGCAACACUUUCCCACAGCCAUGAUGGACAACACUUUACCUCACAGUUCGAGAUCUCGCGAAUAUGGUCUAAUUUCGGGAGCGUUAAGAUGCACGCGGAAGGCCACAUGACCAGCAGCAGCGACGUAGAGGUGACCGCCUUACUCAGCAGCCCGGCCACCAAGGCUUCGCUCUUGUUUAACCAUAAAGUGACAGACAAGAAUAUGAACUCCAUCAUUGAUGUUACUGUCAAUGGUGAGCAGAUGACUGCAUCAAUCAAGGGCAUCUUGGAUGCAUCACAGAGCCUGGCCAACCUUCAAGGACAAGUCUCUUCUACUAUCAAUGGUCUCGAUGAUAUUAAACUAAAUAUUGAAAGCCUUAAGGAAGUCAACACAAGAACAUCAAAGAUUUUGUUUAGUAAAGGAACUAAGUCUAUUAACAUCGUUCAUAUUAUUACAUUUAUUGAUUUACUUAACUGGGAAAAUUCCUUUGACGUUAAUGGCAUAUAUAAGAUAAGUAACACACAGUCCCACGAAGGCACAGUAUAUUCGCACCGGCUGGACUGUGCCUGGGCUGACGGAGGUGUCAUUCUCACUGCCUCCAUUGACCCCAAAAUUUCUGCAGAAUCCCGUAAAAUCGAUGCUCAAGUCACCCUAACAUCACCAUGGGAGUAUUACGAGAACGUCAAGAUCGAUCUUCACUACGAAGAUGACGGAAUUGAAUACAAACCAUCCCUCAGAAUUGAAUACAAGCCAGGAAGUAUUAUUGAAAUUGCAACAAUGACUAAGUUUGACAUUUACUCCUUCUACACUGAAGCUACAUUAACAACUCCUUUCUGGCAACCUUUGGGGUGUAAGUUUAACUUGGAAUUCAAGACACGGACGCCAGUUACUCUUAUCCUCACUCGGGGAGCCAACAAAACCACCAUUAACGCAAGUGGAAACUGGGAGAGAGGCAGGUUGGAUGGCCAGAUAGACAUUCAGUCUACCUAUCUAGAAGCGCCAAUCUCAGUUGAAGCAUCAUAUGACGUCAUCUCCCCUGAGAAGAGAGUACGUAUUGUUGUAACAACUGAUCAUAAGUAUGAAAUAACCGGAGCCUUUUCUGGACACAUGAGAAAUGCAAAGUGGUCUCUCGUGACGAAACUUCCAGUUGAGGGGGCCCGCAUGCUGGAGUUCAGUGGGCAGUAUCAAGCCACAGCUCUGCCCUUCACUAUGAAUGCGGUGCUAAAGAAAGAGUCAAACGUCUAUGCAGUCCUGAGCAAAAUUAGCACGAGUGAGUUCCUCGUGAGCUUGGACAUUAAUGGACAAAGGGGCUCUCUAGAGAGCAAAUGGUUCUAUCAGUACACACACGCUAACAUGGAAAUUACGUUCCAGUCUCCAUUAAGUACUUUGAACAUGGCUACUUACAUCAUGUACGACUUUGAAACCCAGAAAAAGAUCCAUGUCAAGCUUACUAAUGGCAACCAGGAAAUCAGUCUCAUUGGAAAGCUUGAGGGAGAAACUUUAGUCUUCGAAGGAACAACUCCUAUCAGGGACUGGGAGACUCUUAAUGCUUCAUUCUUUGCCUCCGAAUCUGCUAUCAACGCUUUUAUCUCCAGAAAUAACCGCAGAAUAGAGAUAAAUGGAACUAUGCACAUUAGGCAUAGGAAGGGCAAGAUUGAAAUCACUAUCACCACUCCAUACACUAAUUACGAGUCCAUUACAGUUAACACAAGCUAUAACUUCCAUAAUGAGACAAAAAAAGUUGAAUUCAAGUCCAGUUUCGGUACAGAAGAACUCUCUCUAAAGGGUAACAUAAGAGUUUCUGAUCCAUUUACUCCGGAAAUGAAACUGGAUAUAAUCACUCCAUUUGAAGCUGUGAAAACUAUUGGCGGAGAAGCCCGGUGGAAUAUGAAAGACUCGGUGAAGACCGCCAAAGUAAAGGUUUACCACAAUGACAUUGACUACAAGUGGCAGGUGGAGGCGACUGCCGAGAGCAUGCUGAAGGGUCGGGCCGAGGCCACCAUCAUUACGCCCCUUCCAGGCUGGACCCACGUAUCUGUCAAGGGCAGCUUCGACUUCACUAUCAUGCCUUACACCGUCGCCUUUACCCACAACAAGGAAGAUGUCGUUAAUACCAUUGAAGGAAAACUUUCUGUAGCCCAAAACGCUAUCACUGGCCAGGUGACGACGCCAGUUACCGGCUGGGAGAAAGUUGUACUGAAAGGCUCUUACAACGUCAACAACAACCACCUCGCAGGCAACCUGGAAUUCGAUAAGGGGUCUGAGCAGUAUGAAGUUAAUGGUGACGUUAUGUUCAACAGCCAAAAGCCCAAACUGAAUAUCAACAUCAAGACACCAAUCCCAGAUGCUACCAACAUUCAGCUGACCAUGGACGCAAACAUGGUUGACAUAGAGAAGACUUUCAGCCUAACUUUCCUGAGGAAUGACAUCACUUACUCAGCUGAAUUCACCGGUCAGUUAAUUUACAAAACAGGAUUCCUGAAGGUAAUAACACGCUCCCCUAUUCCUGGUUACUCUGACUUCGAGCUUUAUGCCAGUUAUGAUUUUACAGGGGAUGUUAAGACCAUCGAGAUGAACUUAAAGAAUGAAGAAAAUAUAAAGCAGCACUUCUAUAUAGCCAUGGCUGUCAAUGACAAUGAAUUCAAUAUAAAUGCUGUCACUCCAUUUGAGGGUUUCGAAGUUAUGAGAAUGAACGGUGACUACACAGCCACCGGCGGUGAGCACAACAUCAUGGCUGCCUUUGUUAAGAACAGUCAGACGUACAGUUUCCAGGCGGCGGCCAGGCUAGAUACGACCAGCGUCGCCCUCCGCCUCUCAUCUCCCAUCCCAGUGAUCAGUAAUGUUGUGCUCAAUGCCAACUAUGAGCUUCUUGGCGAUGGCGUCCAGAGUUUAGUCCACUUUGAGAGGAACAAUGACGUCUUCAAAUUCAAUACUCACGCAAGUUUUACCCCCUUCAAAUCGACGUUAUUUGUCGCCGUUGAUACCCCCGUCAGUGACUGGAGUAAGAUCAUCAUUGACAUCAAUUAUGACAUCAUAUCUGAUAGAAAAUCUGCUGAAAUUUCUAUUAGGAAAGACAACUUCUCUAAGAUUUUCAGAAUUGACGCAAGUUAUAAUCUUGAAAGUGGUUCACUAAAAAUAAAAACACCUUUUGAAGGAUUCGAGGUUCUCGGUGGCGACUAUACAUUGUCUGUGAACAAGAAUAACAGGAAAAUGGAAGCCAGCAUCAAAAUUAAUCACAAUUCUAAAGAGUGGAUUUUCUCGACAUAUGGUCAGUAUGAUUCAGACAGCUUUAUAAUAAAGUUCCAGACUCCCUUUGAAGAAUUUGAUACAGUUGCUGUUGAGGGAACCAUCAAUGUGGCCACAAAGACUGUCAAGGGCAUGAUUAAAUUCGGUUCUAACAACUUCUCUAUGAACGUAUCGUAUGCUAUUGACAACAUGUCCUUCGACCUGGCAACACCAUUUGAGGUACUAAAGUUUGUGUCUGCUUCUGCUUCUUACAAAUGGAUUUCAUAUGAAAAGGAAGCAGCACUGACUAUCGUCUACAAUGAGAACAAUUACAUACUUAAUGGAGGACUGAGUGUCUCUCCUCAAGCCUCCAGCAUCAGUCUUCAGGCCACCACGCCCAUCCUGGGCUUCCAUAACAUGUCCUUCCAGGUUAAAUACGAUAUCAACAACAAGGACGAGUUGCUGUCAGCGCACAUGGUCCUCGGUGAAGACACCUACUACUUUGCAACAAGCGCCUACAUCGAAGAUAAAAUUGCUUAUUUCAAGUGCAGUCUCAUGUCUCCGCUGCCUGGAUGGACUGAUGCCAAAUUCGAAGUUAAAGUUGAUUUUUCUCAGGAUGAUAAGAUACUGGAGAUUUCACUUGAGAAAGAUGGAAAUGUAAAGGCCAUUGCUAUUUCUGGAAAGCUGAUUGGAAGCACAAUGGACUUCAGCCUGAAAACUCCCUUCACUGGUCUAAAGAACUUUAACAUGUUCGGUUCCCUGAAUCGCGCCAAGAGAUCUCUUGAAUUCAAAAUGAUUAAUGACGCUGGAGAAGCCUCGCUGCUGACCAACUUCAACUCGGCCAAGCUCCACCUCAAAACUCCAUUUGCGAGAGCAGAAGAAAUUACUUGGGAAAUAACAAAGGUUAAUGACAAUUCAUACAGAGGGGAGUGGAAGAGAAACAACAACUACGUGACGGUCUCACUAGAGAAGGAGGGCAGAAGCCGAGCUUUUAGUUUGGAGAUAAAAAGUGAACUACAAGGCUGGGAGUUCCUGGCCCUCACCGGCAGGCUUGACCAGGACGCCCUGCACGGCUAUGUCAGCGGUGCCGUUAAUGAGGAAAAGGUCACCCUCUCUAUACAAGGACGACAUGACGUGGAGGGGGAGUUCACCCUCAACCUGACUACACCCUACGACAACUAUCGCACAGUUGAGGGCAAAUUAAAUUACAGCUUGAAGAAAAGACAGAUUAAAUUGGAGGCUUCGUCUUCAAGCUCAGAAUUCCAUUACAUUUUUAAAUACACGAGAAGAAACGGUUUGGAGUCACACCUGUUGGUGCCCAACCCACAGCAGAACACUGAGCUCACAGUCAACCUCACUCCUAUCGCUGGCAAAAUUGUCUUUACAUCUCGAUUUGAAAACGUUAGAAAUUUCUACCAUGAAUACAAACUGGUACUUGGAAACAUUGUUCAGUUCUCCGAUAAAACUACCAUAAAUGAUAUUGAUGUCUUCACUACGGAGUUUGAGGCCAACGCUGCAGAACAGAAGCUUCACUUGGAGACCCAUACGCGUCUACCUGGCAGGCACUCAGUCCUCCAUGUUCACAGAGAAGGCUUUUCCAUUUUCAAUUUAAGUUUUAAGCGCCAGAUUGAAGUCAGUGGAGAUGUAGUAGAAAAGGAAUUUAAAGUUGAGCUGUCAGGAUCUGGAUCCCUACCCGGGGAAGGAACGAUUAAUGCCAUCAUUACCAACACAUUCCGGGAGCAGCCAAGGACUAUAACAGCAAAAAUUGAUGUGAAUAGACUUACAAGUCCAAAAACAAUAAGAAUUGAAGUUAACCCAGCACCAAGUCUGCUUUACGUGUUUGACAUAACUUAUAACAUCGACCUGAGUGAACCAACUCAGGGUGAUUAUGAUAUCAAGAUUACAACCCCGGACAGGUCAGCUGCCCCGUGGAAACAUAUCUCUGGCAGCUGGGACGUGCAAGAUAUUGACUCUACAGAACUUACCUUUAACAUCGGUAACAUAGCAUACAAAGCCAAUGGCAAACUGGGAAUCCGAGAAUCAACAGUUGUUCUGUCAGCUGAGGGCAAUGAAAAUAUAUACCUUCAAUGGAAAUUUGAAAGGAAUGGCGCUUACAGGGACUACUUCUUGAAGCUUGGUCGAGAGUCAAGGUACGGAAUGCUCAAGUUAAAGGGUACUCUCACCGACAUCGCUCACGUGGACAUCGAGGGAGGCUUCAAGGUCGGCCCAUUCCAACCAGAAGAAUUUUUAUUCACAGCCAAGUGGAACAAAGGCCCCGACGGCUCCGUGACUGGAGAAGGAUCAUAUAACUAUGGGGAUUACCAUGGGAGCCACACCCUGGAGGAGUUCCGGCGUGAUGCCGCUCAAAGAUCUGCCACCUUCAGAUGGACAUCAACCUCAAAUUUCCCUGGUUAUGAACAGAUUUCCGUAUCUGGAAACUAUGAUGUUAAUGGCAAAUUUGUGUUUAAUGCAGACAUAAAAGCAAAUGAACGCGAGUCAAAAAUUGAUAUAAAUAUAUCGAACUUGAGCCCAAAGCGAUCUCGCAACACAAUAGAGUGGGACAUCCCAAUCCUUGGAGAGUUUGGCAAAGUUCAGUUGACACUCAGUCAUAACUUUAGAGAAGUAACUAGCAAGUCCAUCGCAGCUGUGGCAAAGAUAGGACGAAGACAGGCCUUCGUGAAAGCUAAUUGGAAGAGAAGUGAAAACUUUGAGAUUCUUGAUGGGACAAUUGAAGUGAAGUCAAAAUAUCUUGGAGAUAUUAACUUCUCUAUUAAGUACGAUGUUACCAACAUUCAAGAUGCACAAGCUGAGGUUAAGUACUCCCGAAAGACUCCAGAUCACCAAGAAAAAUAUGUCAACAUUAACUGGCACAGAAAAAGUAGCGCUGAACACAUGGAAGGUGAGCUCAUUCUAGAUUCAUCACUUCAAUUGCUUUCACACGCCCGUAUUUCCAAUACAGUUGACUUUACCGAUGUCUUCCACUUAAAAACUAGCCUUGAAUGGAAUGAGAAGGCAGUAACAUUUGAACUUGAUGUCGGCAAGAAUUCAGUGUCAUCAAAAAUUGCAACACCAUUCGAAAACUUUAAAGCAAUAGAGGGCGAAUUAACAUAUAGUCUUGGGGGUAAAGACAAAGUGGUAACUCUAAAAUAUGAACGUGGUGAAAAGAAAGUUGAUCUAAACUUUACCUUGAACAGGAAAUCUAAGAGGAAGGGAGAUUUUGCAUUGAGUCUUACAACACCCUUUGACCUAGUGAAGAAUGUUAACAUCAAUGGAAGUUGGAAUAAAGGUCAAGCUCAAGUAAACUAUAAAAGAAAUGAAGUCGAGUACAGUUUCGAAGGUGUAGCGGAUGUCCAAGGCGGUAAAUCAGACUUCGACAUAACCUUCACAGGUACAGGAGGGGAAGCCAUCAGAAUAGCUGCCGCAUAUGACGUAGAGGAAUUCCUUGCUGGAGGAGGAACCGAGCCUAAGAAACUAGCAAGUCUUAAACUAGAAUUUGAAACUUUCAAAAUCAGUUUUAAUAUGCAAGGCUUCCGCAACAAUAAGAGGAUAUAUUUAGAAAUUGACGGAGAGUCAACCUUGUUAAUAAUGAAGAAGUUCCAUCUGAAGCUGAACUCUGAAUUAAGUACUGAAGCUCGUGAUGGCGUCUUCGAAAUAAUAGUUGACGAGUUCGAGUUUAAAAUUGACAACCACUUUGAGAGGCACGAAAAUCAUGACUAUUACUUCAAGAGUAAAAUUGAGAGCACACUGACGCCUCUGCCGGCGCUAGUGUUCGGCAUAGGACGCAAAGGUGAGGAACGCAUUGUGACUCUGGGAUACGGUGAAGGACAGGAGGUCACUUUCUCCAUCAAGGGCAAGGACAACUUUAGGUCUGGAUUUAGUGGCUCUGCUGAUAUCCCUAACUAUGGAUAUGAAGGAGUUAAAUUCGAUGUUGAAUAUGGAUUCCAAAGUGAUGAUGAGGUCGUUGUUAAGGUUGAAAUUGAGCUGGGUGAAGAUGGCCAGGAAGUGGAGGCUGAGUUCACUUACAACUCGGAGGGAGUAAAGGCCCGUCUGGACUCCCCAUACACAGGCGAACACAGUCUCCGGGCCAGACGCUCCAUUGCCUCUGACAGCUUCUUCACAGAAAUUGGACUCGAUGAUUACAAUGUCAAACUCCGAGGUGGCUUGAUGGGCGAGGGUAUUAAGCGAGGAGCAAUGUUAGAAGGAGAUAUUUUUGGUACCAGGUUCCUAAUAGAUUCCCUCUUCCAGUCUGAGGGCCAGCAGUACUCCGAAGGCAAGCUUAUUAUUCAGACGCCGUUCCGUUGUAUGGAGAAAAUGGGAGGUUUGUUUACACUGUCUAAUGUGAACUCAAACAUCAUGGCCCAUGCUGAAGUGUUCCUACCAUCUUGCUCCACACCAAAACUAACUGGAAAAUUCAACAUGAACCUGAACGAUAAAAUCGAUGGCUAUGUUACAGUAGAUGUGGCGGGUGAGCAGUUCACUGUGAAGAGCAAUCUAGUCGGUGCGUCGCUCAGCCAAGGAUACCAAGGUACCGUAGAAAUAUAUACACCUUUCCAUGCUCUCUCAAGUGUCGUCAUUAAUGGAAAAAUUAAAAUGGAACGUUUGUCAUUCUUCGAAGCUGACCUGAAAAUGGUCGAGCCUGACAUUCACGUGCUGCAGGUCAAGUAUCAACUCUCUCCUCAAGCACUCACAGCCAGUCUUAAUCUUAAUUCAAUCAAAUCCGAAGGUGGAAUAAAAAUGAACUUCACCUUGGAAGGUUUGGAUUCUGCUCACAAAAAAAUGGAACUAAACCUCUGUAAUGAUAAACUGACGGCUGAGUACAUCAUGAGUGAGUCUACCUUCAAAUUUACCUUGGACUCCUUGAUUAGAGGUAUUCCACGCCAGAUGUCUGUUGAAGCUAAGUAUCUAUCACUGGAAGCCAUGGAGGGCUCUCUUCUCACUACUCUUGCUGGUCAAACUCACAAUAUUCACGGAGAGUUCAGCGUAGUCAACAAUCGCAUUCAGGGAGGAAUAGAGUUGGAAUCUACUCUGAUUGACGGAACAAGGAAACUGAACUUCGACAUUUCAAUUCCAGGUACUUCUUCCAAGGAAGUUUCCUUUGAUGUGACCUUUAUAACGUCGGAAACCUACUCCAUGUACUUCGAGUUAGACGCCACGACUGGCCUCCGUGCCACUCUUAAAAUCGAUGCCCCAAUCUUCCAGAAGCUAACUGUCAACUUCGAAUAUAUUGCUACCACAGCUGCGCUUACACUUGAGACUCCCACAGGCAUCCAUAAGGCUAAGGUGACUUGGCGUGUCACUCGCAAGACACCUUUCGACUGGCUGGCGACCGCUGAGCUCGUCUCUCCACUUCUUGAAAACACCUACACCUUCAGUGGCAUCCUUAGUGGCAAUAGGAAACAGAGAAUGGUUAAAGCACAGUUGGAUGUUGGAGAUGUCCGGCAUGCAGUGCAAGCGACUACAUCUAUGUCAGCAAAUGGAGGCGGAUUCUUGUUGAUUAUCGAAACACCAUUUAAAAAUAUCAACAAAGCUACUCUCCAAGCUUCUUUACAGUUUGGAAAUAAGAUUCAGUUGGAAGUGGCAGCCAAUUUCUCUGAGAAUAUCAACACCUUCAAUUUCACCUUCGACAACGACAAUCAAAGCUUAGUGGCAGAGGCCAAGUCUCCUUAUAUCCCCACAGGAUUGGUCAGAGCGGAAGCUGCUCUUACUGGAAACAUGCAGACAAAUAUGCAGCUGAAAGCGGCCAUAAUGAAUUCUGAUAAAAAUAUUUCUGGUGUUCUUAACUUGAAAAUUCCGUCUUCUAAGGCCAUUAAAAUCAAUUUGAAGAUUACUACUCCCUUCAAGGGCUACAGAAAGAUGAACUUCGUUGCCCAGUACAUGAAGGAUGAAGUAACUAACAUAAUUUUGUCUAUAGAUAAACCAAUCAGUUUCUCUGUUAAUACUCAGUUCAGCAAUAUCAACAGUGUCAUCAAGGGUAAUCUUAAGAUUGAAACUUCUGUUCAAACUCUGGAAAAUAUUGAGGCCGAGCUAUAUAUUCCCCUCGAUAAGUUUGCACCAAGAGCCGUCCUUACACUGGCUAACCGCAAGUACGGACUAGCUGCAGACUUCCAACAUGGCAUUGAGUCUAAGAUGUCUGCUAACUUAUACUUGAACGAAGAUUCCUAUGGCGGUAACCUGGCCCUGAGGACCAAGGCGCCCUAUGAGCUCGCCUACGGGUACCACCUCGCUGAUAAGCUCUCUAACAAGUUCCACCUCAGGACAGAUUCUUCCUUUAUUUCUGCAUUUGUCUGAGAAAAAUUGUUUUAAUAUUUCUUUACGAAUCUUUGAUCAAUAGCUCAGCCUCUAGUCAUAGAUAUUGAGAUCAUCUCAGCAAUGUUUAGAUAUGUAUGAAGAGAAAGCCAUUUAUAGUUAAUGUUUUGUGCAUAACUUAGAGAUAUGUUUUGUUUAUUUGGGAUGGCCUCGCCAGUGCUGUUGAUAUCUGACUUGGGUAUGACUACCCAAUAAUUAUUAAUACCUAUUACCCUAUAAUUAUUACGCUAUAAUUAUUACCUUAUAAUUAGUACCCUAUAAUUAUGUAUAUAGACCAUGAACACACAUAUAUGUAAUGCAUGUAGCUGCAAUAAAAUGAAUUCGUACA